AUGGUCUCCAUAGGCACACACCGCCUGUACACCUCAAUGAGUGGGCCCCCCCGCGACACGCAAGACUCAAUAGUCAUCGUGAUCGCUGGUGCAGGCGACGUCGCGUCAUCCUACACAGCCCUGGCUCCCCUCGUUUCCCGGAAUAGCCGACUCUUGCUGUAUGACCGCUCGGGACUCGGGCGUAGCGAGUCCGGCCCGGGACGAUGUACAGCGGUGAACGCCGCGAGAGAUCUCCACAGCCUGCUCGAUGCAAUGGACAUACGCCCACCGAUUGUGCUGGUUGCGCACUCUUACGGUGCCAUUGUUGCUCGCGAGUUUCUCCACUUGUAUGCCGACGAGGUCGUCGGCAUGAUCCUUGCGGAUGGGGCUACGGAGCGGCAGUGUGAUUAUUUUCGCAUCCCGGAUGAGAACAUCGCAGCUGUGCUUGGGGAUCUGAAAUGGGCUCAGGUUACUGGUCUACGAGAGGAUGCACGGCUAUCUCGGGAUCAGUGGCGAGAGCGUGCGAUUGAUAUUGCACGUGGUACGGUGGCUGCACAGUCGGAGGCGGAUUCUUAUGCAGAGGUUUGCUGCACACUGGCAGAGAAAAGGCAGUUACAGAAUCGGGUGAUGGGAGAUAGACCGGUGAGUGUCAUUCGAUGUAAUGGCGCUAGGGACUAUGAGCGGAUCUAUGAGAAGGGGGUGGAGGUCGGGAAUGGGUCAUUCCAGCAGAGACAGGCGUUUCGAGAGCUUUUGGAUCGGUGGGAAUCUCUUGAUCAGGAGCUGAAAGAGGAGCAGCUGCAGCUGUCUUCGAAUUCAAAGAUGGUGCAUUUGCCCGACUGUGGACAUAAUGUCCAUUUGAUUCGUCCGGAUGUGGUUGCAGAGCAGAUCGAGUGGGUGCUGGAGCAGUUGCAUAGCCCGAGUCGAGACGAUGUACUGCUCUGA